CUGUCGAGAAGAAGGAGACGGUGACGUCAGUGGGAAGCGCCGAACUCCAGUUUCCAAAGUUUUUGGUGUGAUGCUAGGGCUAGCUGAUGGACGACCGUGAGUCUCUGUCCACGUCAACGGCCCACGGGUAAGCGACACGCCGUUCCGUGGACCGCCGACGACGCGAAGAGCCGCUCUCCGGUCCGGAGGGCUGCUGUCCGGGAUUUACGAUGGAUGACAUCAACGUUCUCCACCACCGAUGCCUUCUCAAUCUGAGGCGAAGAAUUCGAGACAUCGGAGAUGGCCGGCCGGCCCAGGAGCGAUGCAUGAGGCUGCAGAAGGAUGGAGACACGCUCAGUUACCAAGGGAACUCCGAGGAAGUGGGUUGCUAUGUGGCUGGCCAUCCUUUAUCAAAGGGAAAUUGCUACUUUGAGGUGACCAUAGUGGACACAGGCGUGAGGGGAACCAUUGCUGUGGGCCUGGUGCCGAAGUUCUACAGGCUGGACCACCAGCCCGGCUGGCUGCCAUACUCCGUCGCCUACCAUGCUGACAACGGCAAGUUGUAUAACGGUAACCCUGUCGGAAAGCAGUUCGGGCCAAAAUGUGCGCGUGGCGACCGCAUCGGCUGUGGCAUUCACUCAGAGAACACUGAAGCCGGUCUGACGACGGUCUUUUUCACCAAAAAUGGCCGAGAGGUGGGUUCAGUUGAGGUGCCCCUGUCGUCGGAGGGCCUUUUCCCCGCUGUAGGCAUGCACUCCAUGGGGGAGGAGGUGAAGGUCGACCUGCGGGCGGAGUGGCUGCUGGAGGAGGACGACACGGUGAUGGUGGUUGACAGCCACGAAGACGACUGGGGACGGCUUAAUGACGUCAGAGUCAGCGGGAUGCUUUUGGAAUAUGUUGGCAAAGGAAAGAGCAUCAUGGACGUUGGUCUGGCCCAGGCGCGCCAGCCGCUCACCACCCGCUGCCACUACUAUGAGGUGGAGAUAGUGGAUGCUGGGGAGAAGUGCUACAUCGCCCUGGGCUUGGCACGAAGGGACUAUCCCAAGAACAGACACCCCGGGUGGAGCCGAGGCUCCGUCGCCUACCAUGCAGAUGACGGGAAGCUCUUCCAUGGGAGCGGCGUCGGCGACGCUUUUGGCCCCCGCUGCUUCAAAGGGGACAUCAUGGGCUGCGGCAUCAUGUUCCCGCGAGACUACAGCCUGGAUGGAGAAGGUCCAGCUGAUGUGGAGGCCUGGGACCGGCCGGAGGACCGCCUCGGUCCAGACGCCGUCCAGAAUGUCCUCUAUCUUAACGGAGAAGAAGAGGAAGAAGAGGAGGAGGAGGAGAUCGCUCAGGAACAGCAGGGGAGGAAGGUGACGGUGUUCUUCACCCGGAACGGGAAGCUCAUGGGCCGGCGGAAGGUGGCGGUGCCUCCUGGGGGUCUCUACCCCACCGUGGGGAUGCUGAGCAGCGGCGAGAAAGUCAAGGUGGACCUGCAUCCUCUCAGCGGAUGAAGAAGGCGGCAGGUCUGCUGCACACGUCUGCUUCCUAAAGCUCACCAGCGGUUUGUUCUAUGCAAUCUGCACCGCUGCCGUCCUCCAGCAUCUUCUCCUCCUGCAUGCACUUUGUCUCAGUGAGCUGGAAAAACCAAUCCCCCUCCCUCCUGCGCUCCGGCACAUCAAGCAAAGGGAACGCACUGCAAGAAGGGAACCAAAAUUAAGUAAAAUUUUCUUGAAAUUAGUGCAUUUCUUCUUGAUUUGAGCAGGUAAAUAAGAUUAUUUGCCAAUGGAAUAAGAUUUUU